CAACUCCUCCUUCUGCUGUGCCAAACGACCUCACCACGGUAAUGUAGUCACGCAUUCGUUGUACACAGCAUAUUCUUGCCAUUCACUCGUUAUACCCACUCGCGCAUUGCUGCGCAAUCACGCUCCUUCUUUUGGUUUUCGGUACAACUGCUCUAUGGAUGCGACAGAUGCCUUCCGUACUGCAUUCUGAAUCACGGUCGUUCUCGCUGCUAUUGUUUUCGCUCUACGUUCUUUCUUUACUGGUGCAUGAUGCGCUUGCCGUGGGAGUCACAUUCACCACUCCGGCUGCUGGAGCGACUUGGCCCGCAGGGCCAAUAACUGUGAGAUGGACCGACGCGGGUGGCUCGCCAGACAUGGCCGCCUUGGACACAUACGAACUACAACUAAUAGUAGGAGGCAACGACCCUCUGAACUCGAAACCCAUUGCGACGAUUGGAAGUCCUGGCGGAAAGGUCUCGACAGGCCGGAUCACAGGCACUAUUGACCCGGAAAUCGCGCAGUCCUUCGAGAAUGGGUUCUACUUCCGAAUGAUCAGCAAUACUACCGACGGGAAUACUGUCAUCAACUACUCGAACCGGUUCACAUUGAUCAACAUGAAAGGCACAACAGACAGUGCGUAUCUGGAUGGCGCGAAUGCUGCGCGGGGAAGCGGGAACGUCCCAGCUGCGCAGUACAACAUCGUUGCGCAGCCUACGAACACUGCGAUCGCCAGCUCAUCUGCGACUCCGACGACGACCGUUUUACCGACGGCGACCGCGACUGCGACAGAAACGAGCACACCAUCGGACGACGGUCCAGGACUGGGCAUGAUGAUCGGGAUCGGAGUGGGCUCAUUUUUGGCACUUGUUGGAGUUGUCAGCCUGUUUGUAUGGGCUUUCAUGCUAUACAGACACAAGAAGAAGCGGAAAGAACAGCAAAGGUUAAAGAACAACAGCAAUGAUCUCGACCGCCCACGCGGCGUUUCUCAAUUCGGCAAGGCGGAACUGCCUGCACGGAACUCUCUUGCGACGCCGCAAUCUGCGUAUCCGACCGAACUCAGUCCGAUUGGGGCCAAAUACGAGCUGGAAGGCGAUGGGAGAGCAGUAGAAGCAGCGCGAGCUUCAAUAUAUGAAUUGGAUAGUGGAUGGGAUGGCUGGGAAGCAAUGAGCGGGAGGAAAAGUAAGGCAUACGAUCCUACGAAUGUGGUGUGAUAAGACAUCACUGGGUAGGAUGAACAUAAUGAAUAAACGAAUUGCACACACCAGUCCCAAGCACGACUACCUCUGUGCGAUGGGAAGCUUCCGAGCCCGAGAAGAAGGCAUCGCGAUCCGUUUCUGUCCGGAGAUGAGGCGAUUUGGUGUCGCAGACUUGAGACUAACACCAAGCAGAUAGCUUCGUGGCGUCGAAUGACUGGCCCAUCU